AUGAAGAUAGCUGAAACUGAUAGGGAAGCGGGAGAAAACAAGGGCGUCUCAGACAGGCAGAUUCGUUUGAAGAUUGUUUCACCAAAUGUUCUGGACAUGACACUUGUAGAUCUCCCAGGUAUUACAAAGGUUCCUGUUGGCGAUCAGCCUUCUGAUAUUGAAGCCCGGAUCAGAACAAUGAUCAUGUCAUACAUCAAAGAGCCCUCCUGUCUUAUUCUAGCUGUCACACCGGCAAAUUCAGACUUGGCUAAUUCAGAUGCUCUUCAGAUGGCUGGAGUGGCUGAUCCUGAGGGUAAUAGAACGAUCGGUGUAAUCACAAAGUUGGAUAUCAUGGACAGAGGUACCGAUGCCCGAAAUCUGUUACAAGGAAAAGUUAUUCCCCUCCGACUUGGCUAUGUUGGCGUUGUAAAUCGUAGUCAGGAGGAUAUUCAAAUGAACCGGAGUAUAAAAGAUGCUCUUGUUGCUGAAGAGAAAUUUUUCCGCAGCCGUCCUGUAAGGAAAUUCCUUAGCAUAGUUGCAUUCAAGCCUUUUACUUAUUCCUUAACAUGGAUUCAUCAAAUUCAAACAAAACUCCACCACCUCUUUCCAUUUUGCCACCUCAAUUUUGUACAUUUUCACACACGUCUAUAUGCAUGGUUCAGCAUGGCCAAAUGUUGGUGCAUGUUAAUUAUAUAA